AUGGUACCAAUUGUAUUUGAUGAAUUAAAUGUAUUCACAUUUCCUCAUAGUCGAAUGAGAAAAUUAUUGCAUUGUUGUACUUCAAAAUUUGGUCAUACUGAUUUUACAAGUUUAAAUGAUUUUGAAAAAUUAUUAAUACGUUUACAACGAAUAUUUAAAGAAUUUAUGGCACAUGAAGAAAUUGAAAAUCAUUUAGUUAUGAAAAAAUUAAAGAAAAAAUUAAAACAAAAUUCUCAAAUUGAUGAUAGUGAACUUAUUUGUGAUUGUCAUAAAGUUGAUCGUUUUACACCAUUAAUGGCUUUAUUUCGUGAUGGUUAUGCAUUUAUAAGACGAGGAAAUGCUGAUAGAAUGUCUUAUGGUGUUAAAUUGCAUAAAGCAAUGAACAAUUUUUAUAAAGAUUUUGUACCACAUAUGAACGAAGAAGAAAACGAUAUUCAACCAUUACUUUCAAAAUAUUUUACUGAAAUGGAAAUAAAAAUGAUGCGAACUCAAGUUAUUAAAAUGACUUUACAAAAACGAGAAAAUUCUACAAUUGAUAUUAUUUAUCCAAUUGAACGACCACUUAAAAUUUAUGUUAUUUCAUAUGAACCAUUUACAUCAAUUAAUAGUUUAUCAGAUCAUACUUUACAAUAUAUUAUGAAAUAUUUAAAUGAUCGACAAUUAAAACAAUCUUGUCUUAUUGUUAAUAAACAAUGGAAUCAAUGUGCAUUAAAAGUUCUUAGAGAUCGUUCACCAAUAUCACAACUUCCUGAUGAAAUAUUCUUACGUUUAUUUAAAUAUUAUUUAAAUCCAUAUGAUUUAUUUAAUUGUUGUAUUCUUGUUAAUAAAAAAUGGAAAUAUAUUAUCACAGAUAAAACUAUUUGGAAUAUUGUUAAUCCUAUUAAUUGGGCAAGAGGUCAAUGGAAUUCAAAUAUUCCAUUAGAAGAAACAAAUAUUGAUCAACAUCAUUAUGAUUUAUUUAAAACGAACGAAACUCGAAUAAUAUCUGGUUUUGUUAAAUAUUUUUUACCUGAAUAUGGAUCUUCAAUUGAAAAUUUAAUUCUACAUGGAAGUAUAACAAUUAACGAUAAUAUAGCACGAAAAAUCUUUGAUUCAUGUCCAAAUUUAAAACAUCUCAAUGUCGGAAUGACUAAAUUAACACCAAAAGCAUUUCUACAUUUUCGAUGGAUAAAUUCAUUAGAAAGUUUAAUAGUCGAAGGAUGUGAAUUAAUGGAUGAUUAUUUAUUUAUAAAUCUAAUAUCAUCAUGUAUUUUAUUGGAAUAUAAUGAUUUAUUUAUAAUUGAAGAUACACAUCAAUGUUUAGUAGAUAAAAUAUCAUAUGAAAAAAAUUCUUUAAAUCAAUUAUCAUUAUGUCAACAAUGUUCUCAUUUAUAUAAAAAUAUUUCAAAUAAAUUUAAAUUAAAAAUUCUUAAUUUAUCUGGUUGUUAUCAAAUAACUGAUUAUGGUUUAAAUUUAUUAAUAAAUAAUGGUAUAACUGAAUAUUUAACAUAUGUUGAUUUAUCUGGUUGUAUAAGAAUAAGUUGUGAUUGUUUAUCAUUAUUAGUAAGUUCAUCAUCAAAUUUAAAAUCCGAACGUAUUUAUUUUUGUGAUAAUAUAUCAUUAUCUUUAUUAUCAACAGCUAAUUGUUGUCAAAAUGUUGAUAAUAAUUUUGGACGGUUUUGUUGUCGUUCAACAUAUUAA